CCCUGAGAAGAUGUGUCUUCUUUCUCUCCCUCUACUACUCUUUCUCCUGUGUGCCCAAACUAAAGCUGGGGAAGUCAUCGGUGGCACUGAGUGCAAGCCGCACUCCCGUCCCUACAUGGCUUACCUACAAAUUGGCACUUCUGAGGGACACCAGGGAGCCUGUGGUGGUUUCCUAAUACGACGGAGAUUUGUACUGACAGCAGCUCACUGUGCAGGAAGGUCUCUAACAGUCAUCCUAGGGGUCCAUAACAAAAACAAGAAAGAAGACACAUGGCAGAGGCUUAAGGUUGUAAAGCAGUUCCUGCAUCCAAACUACAAUAGCUCUACAUUUCUCCAUGACAUCAUGUUACUCGAGUUGGAGAAUAAAGCCAACCUGACCCUGGCUGUGGGCACACUGCCCCUCCCACCUGAAUUCAACUUCAUCCCAUCUGGAAGAAUGUGCCGGGCAGCAGGCUGGGGACAAACAAGUGCGGAUGAGCCUGCUUCAGACACUCUGCAAGAGGUGAAGCUGAGACUCAUGGAUCCCCAAGCCUGCAAACACUUCCCAAACUUCAAGCACAAUCUCCAGCUGUGUGUGGGCAAUCCCAGAAAGAGAAAAUCUGUAUUCAAGAGAGAUUCUGGAGGCCCACUGCUAUGUGCAGGCAUAGCCCAGGGCAUUGCAUCCUAUGCACACUGGAAUGCAAAGCCCCCUGUUGUCUUCACCCGAAUCUCCCAUUACCGGCCCUGGAUCAACAAGAUCUUGAAGGAGAAUUAAUCUUGGAGCCUGAGCCAGCCUGAAAGGAAGUCUGGAACUGGAUGUGAGCGGGAUUUCUAUACUAUUUGCUCUGGUCUAUAUCUUGUCCCUGCUAAAGUUCUGCCAUGUCCUUGAGAUUCCAGAAG